AGAAAACAGCUGUUUGAUCCUUACUACACUCAAAACCCGUCUAACUAUAACAAUAAAAAUCGUAAUUAACAAGCCGCACAUACCGCGCCAGUUUCCACCGUUCGAAAACGACGUGCAGUCGCAAUCGACGCGUUAAAAUGCACGCGACAGUUUGUUAAAUCGGUCCGAACAGACUUUUUUUAGAUUUCACGUUAAAAAUGGGUGGUGUUGUGAGUUCCGGCCAGAGCAACGACGAUCUGAUCGACAACCUGCUCGAUGCUGGCUACAUCAAGACAUCAGACAUUGAGAGGGUGUUCAGGGCUGUAGACCGAGCUGAGUAUUUUCUGCCAGAGGCCAGGGCCCAUGCCUACGAGGAUUUGGCUUGGAAAUGUGGCAAUUUACAUCUGUCGGCGCCGUGCAUCUAUUCGGAAGUGAUGGAGAGUCUCAGAUUGCAACCGGGACAUUCAUUUUUGAAUCUGGGUUCGGGGACUGGAUACUUGAGCACCAUGGCAGGGCUUGUGUUGGGUAGUAAUGGCAUAAACCACGGCAUAGAAUUGCACGCCGAUGUUAUUGAGUAUGCCAACAGAAAACUGGAGGAGUUCAAGCGGCUUUCAGGGGCCAUAGAUGAAUUUGAUUUCUGUGAGCCCAAAUUUAUGCAAGGAAACUGCUUGUGCCUUAACAACGAUGGCGUGCUUUACGACCGAGUAUACUGCGGCGCCAGUUGCCCUAUGGCCUAUGAGGCCUAUCUGAAAAAUCUCCUCAAAAUCGGCGGCAUUUUAGUCAUGCCCCUCAACGAUCAACUCCUCCAAAUUAAGAGAAACGCAGAAACCUCCUGGGAUUCCCGACUUCUGAUGGGAGUUUCCUUCGCCACCCUCGUCCAACCCUCCGAAAACAAUCCCGAAAUUAUACAUAUGUUCGAAAUUGAGCCGCCCUCACUGCAGGCCAUGUGCCGUUCGAAGAUUCGCACGAUACUUCGUAAGAUAGUCGAGUCGGAGCAUCCGCCCGUCAAGAAGUCGUCGGCUGUGGCCAAAGCGCCGAAAAAGAAGAGGGCACUUCGUCGGUGUGUGGUCGCCGUUUUCGAAUCGGACGAGAGUUCCGACGAGGAGGGCAGAGACGUGGGGCCUCGUCGGCCGAACGACGCCCGUUCCAUGUUCCAGAGGGACGACUUCUUUAAUUUCAUGUUGGAGUCGAUAGAUGCGAGGAACCUGGCCAAUUCGAGAAUACAUCCUGAAAGAACGCCGUAUCGUAGGAGGCGCACGAUGAGCACGGAGGUGAACAGGGAAGUCAUGGAUACGGAUGAUUCGAACGACGAGAGCGAGAGGAACGUCUUGGCAAAUAGAACUCAGGUAGAGGUGGAAGUUCACCCAUCCAAAAACGGAGCUAGUCAAGAACAAACGAGCAGCAGUCCCAUGGAAGUCCAGAACGAGGAAUCGUUGCCGGACUCCACGAACGAAAACGAACCGAGUCCGGGCAGCAGCAAGUGUGCGAUCCACGGCAGCAAUUCGGACGCCAAUUCGUCCCGUUCCCGCGACGACUCAUUCACGUUGGACGAACAAAAUCAUACCGACGACGAGACUGGAUCGGUUAGGGCUUCGCCACGUAAUCCGUUCGCCUCGAAGAGACGGGAGAAGUUCGACAGCGGUUUGGGCGACGAGAUCGUCGAACACCAUCAGUGCGUGUCGUCGUCCGAAGACGAGGACAACGUACGCGUUCAUUACGGCUUAGGAAAUGAGGAUGGUGGCAACAAUAACAACGGACCUCGGUCACUACACAGUGUUACCAUUAACAUCAAGCCGAACGAAGAAAAUGGUGGAGGUGAGAACGCUUCGAAUGUCCGUCCGUCCUCCACCACCACAACUACAACAAGCAGUGAGGAGGAGUGUUGGGAACAUGGGUCGCAGCGCGACGUAGGCCACAAAAUGUAUCAAUCCGCUUACACUGAACAUAUGAAAGCAAAAAUCCAAUUGCUACCUUUGCCGUCUAUCCUGAAAAACUUCAUGAACUUUUACAGGGAAUUUUAAAUGGUUUCGUGUCAAAUCAAUAAUUCGCAAAACUUUUCUUCAGGUGCUUUAUGUUGUGAGCAUCGAUCUUUGAUGUUUUGAUUGAUUAUGUGCCAAACUUUGACACAGACAUUGUGCACAAUAUCAGAUAUAAAUUGAUGGUGAUUUUCUGUCGUCGAAUGACUUUGUGACAGUUUCAUUUGAUUCCCUCAUUUCGUUUCUGCCAAAUUUUUAGAAUCAAACGUACACAGGCAUUAUGGAUUAAAUUGCGGAUAUCGUCUUUAAAUUUAAUAGUUGCAAAAAUUAGAUUUGGCCUCUUUCAUGGCGUUUUUGCGGGUUCUAAUAGGAUAAUAUGCUGAUUUUGCACGUAGACUGGCUUGUAACCUUGAAGGCUGUGAUAAAAUUGUUCUAAUAUAGUUUGUAGAUACACACAAGUAAAUUUAAAUAAUACGUUGUUUCAAGUUACUCAUAACAUACAUCACCGAGGAAAUAUAAAAAAACUGUUUAAAAAUCAUUAACAGAUUUAUUAAUGGGAUAAUAUUGCCUUUGUACGAAAUAUUUUGAUUCAUUUGACAGAUAUUAAAGUUGGGAAUAUCAUGUAAAAUAUAUGUAUGAAUAAUCGCAGCUGUUUAAUGUGCAUUAGAAUAGAGCUGUGCAAUCUUAGAAUAGAUGUUAAUAUAGAGGAAUCAUCAAAGGAAUUUUAUACACUUUAAUGUUAGAUCGAAAAAAAUAUUUGGUUGUUUUUUAAUAUUAUAAUUUUAGUUAUUGUGAUAUAAUUUACAAGUUUAGUGAUUUUUUAACUGACCACACUGGUUUGUUUUCUUAUUAAUUAUGUAUACACUUUUUUGGGGUUUAAUAAAACAAAUAUCUGUAA